AUGACAAGUCUGUCGAGGUUUAGUGGCUGCCCUCUUUCUUGCGUCAACCCCGGGGAGAGCAAUAGUGAACCCAGCGUGGUGCUGCCACCUUUGGCAGGGGAGCACAUGGGGCACCCCACUGGCAGUUCCUUAAAACUCUGCCCCUCGCACAAUUUGCGAGACUACCCUGAGACGAGGUCUGGUGCAUAUGUUGACCAUUCGGUUCACCAUUUUGCAGACUCUGGAUACCCCAGCCACCCGUUAGAGCACAACCAUAGGGGCAUUCUCAUUGGAGCCAAUCUUCCCGGAGCCGGAAUGCCACCCGUCACUGACCAACUGGCAUCGAGAACUAACCAACAUGGCGGUAUUGGGAGAUAUCGUGACCUUCCAGGCUGCAGAGACAGCCGAAGCCAUGCCUUUUUCACCACGUAUCAAGAGCAGGCCCACUGCUCCAACGAGUCAAGUCGAGAUCUGGGCAGUCAGAUGAUGCUGCAUGGUUUACCAGGAGACCUGCUUUCCCGGACCCAUCCCUAUGGCCAAACCAUCAGCCCGAGGGGAAACAACCAGCAAUUCGUCACCCAGUUCCUGGGGUUGUACAAGCCGCUGAAUAUGGCGAUUCAGCGUGGGGGGAGCGACGCCUACAUCAGAUGCCCUAAACAAAAUCAAAAACAUGAGCUGGUAUGUAAGUGGAUCGACAGCCAGGAGGGGAUGGGUAAGCUGCCCUGCGCCAGAACUUUCGGCACAAUGUAUGAACUUGUCACCCAUGUGACAGUGGAGCACGUCGGAGGACCAGAGCACUCUGAGUACGUGUGCUACUGGGAGAACUGUCCGAGGGAGAGGAAGCCUUUCAAAGCCAAGUACAAGCUGGUGAACCACGUCAGAGUGCACACGGGGGAAAAGCCUUUUCCUUGCCCUUUCCAUGGCUGCGAAAAAGUUUUUGCAAGAUCUGAAAAUCUUAAGAUCCACAAGAGGACUCAUACAGGUGAAAAGCCCUUUAAAUGUGAGUACGAGGGCUGCAACCGGAGGUUCGCUAACAGCAGUGACCGAAAGAAGCAUUCCCACGUGCACUCGAGCGAUAAGCCCUAUAUGUGCAAAGUCAGGGGCUGCGAGAAGUGCUACACGCACCCCAGCUCCCUGCGCAAGCACAUGAAGCUCCACUGCAAGGCCUACGUCACCACCAAGAGCGAAGCGCGCGACGCCGACGAAGACGACAUCGAGAAGGCCACCAGGUCACCUGAAGCGACGGCGGACCGACGUGAACCCACCCCCUCCGUUACCGCCAGGGUGGCGCGCGUGCAGCCCCCCGUCACCCCGAGCACCACCACCAGCACGGGUCAAGAGUCCCUGUCCCCAGAGAACCUCCGAGAUGACUCGACCCUCAGGUCACGUUUCCAUCACACAUUUGACAACAGUUUGGAUUACUCGACACACAGGUCGCAGGCCCUCUUGGACCCCUUGUUGAUGCAGCGGGGAGGUGCAGGGGGCGGCUACAGGUCCGAGGCGUCUCAGUACACGUGUGGCCAGACUGGGUUCGCUCCAAGCGCACGAACUUUUACGACGUCCCCUUCGCCCUUUCAGAAAAGCAUCGUGAAUGGGUGGUACACGUGCCACAGCGGCGUCGACUCCUUUUCACCAAAACAUAAUACUACUAAUAAUAAUAAUAAUAACAAUAACAUACAGUCUAUUUGA